GUCUUUGUCGGUGGUGGAACGAUACUUCCCCCGCUACGCUAUACAGGAACAGGACAUACUGGGCCGCAAAGACUCUGUAGACAAAGUGCUGGCACUUGUUCCUGAAGAUGUAAGAAAAGAAUUACAGCAGGACUUCCAAAGCGAGAAGAAACCAGAGACACGUUGGAAACUGCUGAAGGAACAAGCCAACAGGAAACAGGCCACUGCCAAAAAGAGCCAACACUUUGAGAAAGAAAUCAUGCUGCAGUAUUGUUACCCCCGGCUCGAUGUGAACGUCAGUAAAGGCGUGAACCAUCUGCUGAAGAGCCCCUUCAGUGUCCAUCCCAAAACAGGGCGAAUUUCUGUUCCCAUCGACCUCAAAGAGCUAGAAACGUUUGAUCCCUUCGCUGUGCCCACAAUCAGUCAGAUCUGUGAGGAGCUGGAUCGACCCAGGACGGGCGAAGAGGAGGAGAAGUCAGAGGACACCAAGGAGAAGGAAAACGGGACGGACGCAGCAGAGAGACGAAAGAUCAGAGGUGAAAUACUGAA